CAGCGGUAGCGACAGCAGUGAGCUUUAAGUCGCGGCCAUUUCUUCAGCUCCUGACGGAUGUGCGACCAUCAUGCGGCGGCCGCCUCCGAUUGGCUCAAGUCCUGCUUAAAAAAAGUUCCAGCGGAACAAACGGCUCUUCCUGUACGAGGAUUUUAAUCAGCAGGAUUUUGUUUACCUUCCACCGCGCUGGACAGCAUUUUGGGAAUUGAUUGCUUGCUCAAACUGAAUCCACUUGGCCGGAAUUGGACUAGCAGAGUUGGAAGAGUGUGGAUCUGCAGCGUGUGCGCUACUGCGGCGAAGUCCAAACCCCGAAUCACAGGAUGUCAUCAAACCCAAGAGGAAUCUAAAUACCAGUCUGCUGCAAAUACUUGAACUGAGAUCUUCUUUCCUCUUAAUCAUCACUACCAUGGCUUUCCACCAGUUAAAACUGAACUGCCUAGCUGUUUCUUUCUACUUUUUUGCUUUCCUUUUGCCCCUUUCUGCCUCAAGGCCACAACAGCCUUCUGCUGCAUCCAAAGUGGCAGAACACUACAGAACUUUCUAUGCUGAGAAUCCAGAAUGGACCUUUAACCAUUUGGCAGUAGACCACAGAAAUGGAAACGUGUACCUAGGUGCCGUCAAUCGCAUCUACAAGCUCUCGUCAGGGCUGGAUGUACAGGUGUCGCAUCAAACCGGUCCGGAUGAGGAUAAUCGCAACUGUUACCCUCCACGGAUUGUACAGCCCUGCAGUGAGCCACUUACACUAACCAACAAUGUCAACAAAAUGCUGCUGAUGGACUAUCGGGAGAACAGACUACUGGCCUGUGGGAGUCUCUAUCAGGGCAUUUGCAAACUGCUUCGCCUGGAUGACCUCUUUAAGCUUGGCGAGCCCUUUCACAAGAAGGAACACUACCUCUCGGGUGUCAAUGAGAGUGGCUCUGUUUUUGGCGUCAUAGUGUCUUAUGGUGACUCCUCACCUGAUAAACUGUUUGUGGCCACAGCGGUGGAUGGGAGGCCUGAGUACUUCCCGACCAUCUCCAGUCGCAAGUUGGCACGUAACUCAGAGGAAGAUGGCAUGUUUGCAUAUGUCUUCCAUGAUGAGUUUGUGGCCUCAAUGAUCAAGAUACCUUCAGACACCUUCACUGUAGUGCCAGACUUUGAUAUCUACUAUGUGUACGGCUUUGCCAGUGGCAAUUUUGUCUACUUUUUAACAUUACAACCAGAAAUGAAUGGUGGUCCUGCAGCAGGUUCUUCCUCAGCCAACCGAGAACAGGUUUACACUUCCAAGCUGGUGCGUCUUUGCAAAGAUGACACUGCCUUCAACUCAUAUGUAGAAGUUCCACUGGGCUGCGUAAAGGGUGGUGUUGAGUAUCGACUUUUGCAGGCUGCCUAUCUGUCCAAGGCUGGUGCCAUCCUGGCUCGCUCGCUAGGUGUGGGGCCGGAUGAUGACAUCCUUUAUGCUGUGUUCUCCAAAGGCCAGAAGAGACGGCCAAAAGAAACAUCCCAGGAGUCUGCAUUGUGUGUGUUCACCUUGAAGGAGAUCAAUGAGAGAAUUAAAGACAGGCUGCAGUCCUGUUACAAAGGCGAGGGCACACUGGAUCUGGCCUGGCUCAAAGUGAAAGAUAUUCCCUGCAGCAGUGCGCUCCUGACUAUCGAUGACAACUUCUGUGGUCUGGAUAUGAAUGCUCCACUGGGGGUUUCUGAAAUGGUACGCGGAAUUCCACUGUUCUCCGAGUCCAAUGACAAAAUGACCUCAGUUAUUGCCUACGUCUACAAGAACCACUCAUUGGCCUUUGUGGGAACCAGGGGUGGACAGCUAAAAAAGAUUCGAGUGGACGGACCUUCUCACGGAGCUUUACAGUACGAGACAGUCCAGGUGGUGGAGAACGGGCCGAUCUUGCGGGACAUGGCCUUCUCGGCUGAUCAGCAUUUCCUCUAUGUGAUGUCAGAGACCCAGCUUACACGUGUUCCAGUAGAAGCUUGUGAGCAGUAUUCCUCGUGCAAUGAGUGUCUGGGCUCCGGGGAUCCUCACUGUGGUUGGUGUGUGCUGCACAACAUGUGUACCAGGAAGGAAAAGUGUGAACGUUCAUCUGAACCACGUCGCUUUACCUCAGAUAUCAGGCAGUGCGUGAGGCUGAGUGUCCACCCCAGCAACAUCUCUGUAUCCCAGUACAGUGUCACACUCAUCCUGGAAGCUCACAAUGUUCCAGAACUCUCUGCUGGAGUGAACUGCACUUUUGAAGACCUGGCUGAAAUGGAUGGCUUGGUGGAAGGCAAUCGCAUUACCUGUAGCUCCCCUGCUGAGAAAGAAGUUCCUCGCAUUGUUGUAGACCAAGGUGACCAUCAGAUUGUGCAACUUUACCUCAAGUCUAAGGAAACAGGGCUGGCAUUUGCCAACACAAGCUUCGUCUUCUACAACUGCAGUGUGCAUAAAUCGUGUCUUUCUUGUGUUGGAAGUCCCUACCAAUGCCACUGGUGUAAAUACCGCCACAUCUGCACCCACGACCCACGCAGCUGCUCAUUCCAAGAGGGACGGGUCAAGCAACCUGAGUCAUGUCCUCAACUGCUGCCUGCUGAUCGGAUCCUGGUGCCGGUAAACGUGGUAAAGCCCAUCACCCUACGUGCCAGGAACCUGCCCCAGCCACAGUCCGGCCAGCGAGGCUAUGAGUGUGUGCUCACCAUACAAGGGUUGGAGCAAAGAGUCCCUGCCCUUCGCUUCAACAGCUCCAGUGUACAGUGCCAAAACACCUCAUACUCGUAUGAAGGAAUGGAGAUGAGCAGCCUCCCUGUAGACCUGACAGUCAUCUGGAAUGGAGAUUUUAGCAUUGACAACCCAGCCCUAAAUAAAGUGCACCUGUAUAAAUGUGAUGCCAGGCGGGAGAGCUGUGGCCUGUGUCUGAAGGCUGAUCCACUGUUUGGCUGCGUCUGGUGUAAAGGGGAGAAGCGAUGUACCCUUAAACAGCACUGCCCGAACCCACAAAGCUUGUGGCUGGAACACUUUGGCAUGAACAGCAAAUGUACCAACCCCAAGAUCACCAAGAUUACCCCGCUGCGAGGGCCUCGGGAGGGGGGCACGCUGGUUACAAUCCGUGGGGAGAACCUUGGCCUGAAUUUCCACGAGAUUCAAGGCAAUGUGAAGGUGGCCGAGGUGGAGUGCAAACCUGUACCGGAGGGGUACAUCCCUGCAGAACAGAUUGUUUGUGAGAUGGGAAAAGCAGAGGCGAGUCAGUUUGCCGGAAACGUUGAAGUGUGCAUCGGGGAAUGCCAGCCUGAAUUCAUGGCCAGUUUUUCAAAGUACUACUACUUUGUGGUCCCCAGACUGCUGUCUCUAAAGCCUAACCGUGGACCUGUGUCUGGAGGCACCAUCGUCAACAUCACAGGAAGCAACCUGGACUCUGGAAGUAAUGUCUCCAUCAUGUUUAAGGACCAGAAGUGCACUUUUCAAAGAAGAGGAGGACAGUGGAUCACAUGCCGUUCUCAUGCAUCCACGCAAGGCUAUGGAAAUGUAUCCGUAUCAGUGUAUGUUGACAAGGCUCAUGUCCAUAAGGACCUCAGAUUUGAGUAUGUAGAGGAUCCCACUAUAACAAAACUGGAACAAGAAUGGAGUAUUUUCAGUGGAAAUACUCCAGUGACAGUGACUGGUACCAACCUGGACAUCAUUCAGAACCCACAAAUCAGAGCCAAGUACAACAACCAGGAGACGACUAAUUUUUGCCAUGUGUUGAAUCCCACCACUAUGCUGUGCCAGGCCCCGGCACUUCCAGGUGGCUUAAGCAGGCAGAAGGAAGUGGUUGAAAAACCAGAUGAAUUUGGCUUCAUUCUCGACAAUGUGCAGGCUGUGCUGGCCCUUAAAAAUAUCAACUUUCUCUACUAUCCCAACCCAGUGUUUGAGCCUCUAAGUCCCUCUGGGGUGCAGGAACUAAAGCCAGGAUCUCCCAUUAUUCUGAAGGGCAGGAAUUUUCUCCCCUCUACUCCUGGUGGCAAUGGGAAACUAAACUACACAGUUCUGAUCGGAGAAAAACCCUGUGCCCUGACCGUAUCUGACACCCAGCUGCUGUGUGAAUCACCUAAUCUAACUGGACGCCAUAAGGUUCUGGCCCGUGUGGGUGGCAUUGAGUUUUCCCCAGGCGUGGUCCACAUAACCUCUGACAGCCCUCUCAGCAGCACUGCCAUCAUCAGCAUCGCUGGAGCUGGAUGUCUCCUCAUCCUCUUCAUCAUCAUUGUACUCAUUGCCUACAAGCGCAAGUCCCGUGAGAGUGACCUGACCCUUAAACGCCUGCAGAUGCAGAUGGACAACCUGGAAUGUCGAGUGGCACUAGAGUGUAAAGAAGCAUUUGCAGAGCUGCAGACAGACAUUAAUGAAUUGACCAGUGACCUGGAUGGAGCUGGCAUUCCUUUCCUGGACUACAGAACCUACACCAUGCGAGUUCUCUUUCCUGGAAUUGAGGAGCACCCUGUACUUAAAGACUUGGAGGUGCCAGGUUACAGGCAGGAGCAAGUGGAGAAGGGUCUAAAGCUUUUCAGUCAGCUUAUCAACAACAAAGUUUUCUUGCUUUCCUUUAUCCGUACCCUGGAGUCUCAGCGAGGCUUUUCAAUGAGAGACCGUGGCAAUGUAGCCUCUCUCAUCAUGACUGUGCUGCAGAGUAAGCUGGAGUAUGCUACUGAUGUACUCAAACACCUUCUGUCUGACCUCAUUGACAAAAACCUGGAAAGCAAAAACCACCCGAAACUGCUGCUUCGGAGGACAGAGUCUGUAGCGGAGAAAAUGCUGACAAAUUGGUUUACAUUUCUUCUCUACAAGUUCCUAAAGGAGUGUGCCGGCGAGCCCCUUUUCUCACUCUUCUGCGCCAUCAAGCAACAAAUGGAGAAAGGCCCCAUCGACUCCAUCACAGGGGAGGCGCGCUACUCUCUAAGUGAGGACAAGCUCAUCAGGCAGCAGAUCGACUACAAGACUCUGGUGGUGAACUGCAUUCACCCAGAUAAUGAGAAGAGUCCAGAGAUUCAGGUUAAGGUGUUGAAUUGUGACACUAUCACCCAAGUGAAGGAGAAGAUCCUGGAUGCCAUUUACAAGAACGUUCCUUACUCCCACCGCCAGAAAGUCUCUGAAUUGGACCUGGAGUGGCGACAGGGCAGAGGGGUUCGAAUCAUCCUGCAGGAUGAGGACAUGUCCACAAAGAUUGAAGGUGACUGGAAGAGGCUCAACAUACUGUCCCAUUACCAGGUGCCUGAUAAUUCCCUGGUGGCACUUGUACCUAAGCAGGUCACUGCCUACAACUCUGUGAACAACUCUACAGUCUCCAGGACUUCUGCUAGCAAAUAUGAAAACAUGAUCAAGUACACGGGCAGCCCAGACAGCUUGCGUUCCCGUACUCCAAUGAUUACACCUGACCUGGAAAGUGGGGUCAAAGUUUGGCAUCUGGUAAAGAACCAUGAGCACGGAGACCAGAAAGAAGGGGACCGAGGUAGCAAGAUGGUAUCCGAAAUCUACCUGACCAGACUUCUGGCUACAAAGGGCACACUCCAGAAGUUUGUAGACGACUUGUUUGAGACCAUCUUUAGCACGGCACAUCGAGGAAGUGCUCUCCCCCUCGCCAUAAAGUACAUGUUCGACUUUCUGGAUGAGCAGGCCGAUAAGCAUGCCAUCCACGACCCACAUGUCCGACACACAUGGAAAAGCAACUGCCUACCUCUGAGGUUUUGGGUGAACGUGAUUAAAAAUCCCCAGUUUGUGUUCGACAUUCACAAGAGCAGCAUCACAGAUGCCUGCUUGUCUGUGGUGGCACAGACAUUCAUGGAUUCCUGCUCCACCUCUGAGCAUCGCCUGGGCAAAGAUUCACCCUCCAACAAGCUGUUGUAUGCCAAGGACAUCCCCAGUUACAAGAGCUGGGUGGAGAGAUACUACUCGGACAUAAAUAAGAUGCCUGCUAUCAGCGACCAGGAUAUGAAUGCGUACCUGGCCGAACAAUCCCGUAUGCACAUGAACGAGUUCAACACAAUGAGCUCUCUCAGUGAGAUCUACUCCUACGUGGGAAAAUAUGCAGAGGAGAUUGUGUGUGCACUGGAGGAAGAUGAUGCUGCCAGGAAACAAAGACUGGCCUUCAAGCUGGAACAGGUGGUCACUUUACUGAGCCUGGAGAGCUGAGGGCAGCAUUUCCCAGAGCGCGCUGGGACAUCACUUCAGAAACCAAGCCGUGCCUGAGCACCUGUACAUCGAUUGCAUCGCUUCUGUUUUGCAAGCAACUUCCUUCAUCUUCCCGAAACUGACCAAGAAUCCACGUCACAUUAGCUCUGCUUCCUAGAAAAGUAGACAAGGGCCAAGGAGCUGAAUACCACUAAGUUAUCCGUGAUGCAACCGGGGGAGGGGGGUGGGUCUCUAACUCUGCAGUAAAGAAGGGGGACUCGAUGC